AGCACCAGGCCCCGCUCACGCUCACACUGCUUGUGUUUCUGCUGCAGGGAAUGGCCCUGCGCGCUGGGCUUCGCUGCUUCCAGUGCCCCCUCUGCCGAGACAGAGACACAUUUUUAGGAGAAUUGUUCAGCAUGGGGAUCCGAAUCCCAGACAGAAGUCCAAUGUGGGAGGAGAACAAUGCUUAUGCAUCUCUGGGAGGAAGGCACGGGAGCUGUGAUGCCAGCGUCUGCCGUUACCCACGUGGCAGGGAGCAGGCAGAGGAAGCGGGGCCCUGGGAGCUGCUCCUCUGCUGCUCCUGUGCUGCACAAGGCACCCAUCGACUCUGCUCCAACUUGAGUCAGAGCACAACCAGCUGGGAGUGCAACGCCUGUGCUGGAGAGGGCACCGGCCCCAGCACCAACUAGGUUCUUGCCAGACAUAGCGCCACCAGCCAGCAGGAACUGGGGCAAUUCUGAGGCACCACAGCACUGGAGAGAAGCAGCUCCAGCACCACCAGCCAGGCACCACUGACACCAGCACACGGUUCCCAUGUGCCUGAAAACAGUGUCCUGUCCAGCCAGCGCAGGAUGGAGCAGAGGAGAACCAGCCCACGUUUACACCAGGAAGAGAACGCCUGCAAUCAGCCCCGAGGACACCGUGGGAGCUGCCGUAAUGCUACCUCCACUGCUGAGGGCAGCACCCCAAACUCUGCCAGCCAGGGGACAUCAGAGUCCUCGCGGCACUCCCCUGCAGCUGGCUACAACCUCCGGUGCAGACAGGGACUGCGGGCCCGGACACAAAGCCGCUCUCCGUUGCAGCGCCGGGCCCCACGUUCUCCAAGCCAGCCCCAAACACACCGUGGGAACAGGCAGGAAUCAACCCUAAGUGCCGAGAGCUGCACCCACAGCUACACCAGACCAGGAGCACCAGGGGCCUCAGGGGAUUCCACAGAGGCUGCUGGAAGCCGGUCCAGGCAGCCAGGGUGGGUCCGGACUCGAAGCCUGCUGAGACCCACAGCCAGCCCCGAAGACGCCGCAGGAGCCGGUCCAGGCGGCGAGGGCCAGCCCAGGGGCGAAGCCGCUCCCGGGUACCACGUCGGGCCCGGAACAUCAACAGCCGGCCCCGGUGAUGCUAUAGGAGCAGCUGCGUGCAAGCUCCACUUGUCCAAACCUGUCCAAAGUCAUCAGAGUCUAUCACAAUAAAACAGAGUUCCAUCAUGCCACUGUCGCUUUCAUUCUUCUCUGCCUUUCCCGAGGUGGGCAGCUUUAGGGGCUGGAACCACGGGGAUCCCUUCCCCCCAGCACCCAUCCCAUUCCUUCCUCCCCGCAGCCCGCUUCAGGCUGAGCUGGGUUCUGGCCCCGACUCCAGCGGGGUCACAACGUUUCCAACGUGCAACGUGGUGGAGGCCAGGCUGGCAGCUGCAGCCCCGUUCUGGGGGUGUUUCUGACAUCUUGGGGAUGUCGCUGUGUUUGGGACAUGCAGGCAGCCCCGGGGCUGCUGCCGGCUGUGGGGUGGGCCAGGACCCGGGCUUUCCUCCUGCAUUCGGGCAGUGCCUCAGGUCUGCUGCCACUGCUCUUCAACGUGAUGUCCAUCGUAUAUUUGCUUGGUCCAACUGUCUAGAAAAAUAACCCGCUGGUCUCUCCCUGGGUCCGGUGUGUUCUACCAACUCUCCCAGUGCAAAGUGACGUCUUUCAUGCCCAUCCAAUUCAAAAGGCUUUCCCAGACUGGGCCGUCCUAGAGCAGGGAUAGACUUCAGAGCUGCUCUCAGUUGAAUAAAGGCUGUUUGGCAUUCUCGGUUCCAGUCCCAAAUUUCUUCUUCUCCUUUCACAGCUUCAUAUUCCACCGUCCUCCAUCAGUCCACAGUUUGGUACCCAUCAUCGACAGCAUCCUGCCAUACCUAAGGAAGCUUGCAUUAACCAUUUUGACUUUGGCUCUG